AUGCGGCCGUGCUUCCACCUCGUCGCUAUCGCGGCGGCCGCCACGGCGGACGAAGCCGCCUGGACGCCCCGCGACCUCGACGACGCCACGCUGCGCCUCAUCCGCCACGCGCGUCCGUUCCAGCCCAGCGAGCAGGCGAAGCUCUCGCAGCUGCCGGCGCGCUUCAGCCGCUGCGCGACGCAAUUGGCCUAUUUCGACGUGUACGACCCCGAGGCCUGCGGUCAUAAAAGGGCUCCAUCCUGUAGUGGCGACCACUGGCCGUCCGUGUCCGUCGUGCUGCCCCAUCGCGGUCGCGAGUCGACGACGGCGCGAGCGCUAGCUUCUGUCUUGGCUUCAUUUAGAUUAUAUUGUGGCAGUGGGGAAGUCGUGCUAGCUAGAGACGGUCCAGCAUUAGAUGAGACCGCAGCUAAAAGGUUGACGCAUCUCGUGGAGCGUGUUUCAUCACAUUGGGAGGACAUUGAGGUCGUGGAGACAAAACCAAGGUCCAUGGCGGCGGGCUACGGGGAUGCUGUCGCGACCGGUUGUCGACGGGCCACCGGAGACUAUGUGCUCCUGUUGAACAACGACGUCACGCUAGCGCCUUUGACGUUAAGAGUGCUAGCCGCGCACUUGAACGCGAGAAAAAGCACAGCGGCGGUCGGCGCGAGACUAGUAGACGAGCACGGCGAGCUCCAGGAGGCCGGCGCCGUCGUCUUCAAGGACGGCGGCGCGCUCCAGUUCUCGAAGGUCUGGGGUAGCACUUCUCCAUUAUUCAGGUACGUGCGACGCGUCGACUACGCGUCCGCGGCGUGCCUGAUGGUGAGGUCGUUACUACUAGCCGGUGGUUUUGAUGAGCAAUUUAGACCAGCAUACUACGAGGACACGGACCUAGCGAUGCGACUGAGGCACUCGCAUGACGCUGCGGUCGACUACAACCCCUUCGCCGUGGCGGUCCAUGAAGGGUCCGCGACGUACUCGGGCGACCGCGCCGCGGAGAAGGAGCGCCAGAUGGACCGGAACCGGGACACCUUUGUCAGGAAGUGGUCGGGACAGUUGACCUGCCACUAUGCAUCCCAUAUACCGUGGGCCAGUCGUGGUGCUUUUUUGCUCGCGACGCGCCAGGCUCUUGCACGAGUGUUGGUCUUAGAUCACGACACGCCCUGCGCGGCGCGCGACUCCGGCUCGGUGCGCAUGCUCAACUUCAUUCGCGUUUUACUAGGAAGGCGGCACCACGUGACCUUCGCUGGCGUCGAGUCCGACGCGGACGACGCCUGCGCGCUGCAACUCCAAGCCCUGGGCGCCCACGUGACCUCAGCCGGCCUGCUCAAGUUCCGGAGUCUAUCAACAAAGUGCGACUACGACCUCGUUGUGGCUUCCAGACGAUCGGUGGCCAAGGCCUGGCUGCCGCUGCUGCGAGCCGUGUGUCCCGAGGCGCCUGUUGUAUUUGAUACGGUGGACUUGCACUUUUUAAGGGAGAUCCGGGAGGUCUCCGUCGCCAAGGGUUAUGACUAUGAUCAAUCACUCUCGGCCUCGGAGAACGCCCGGCGCUUACUCGCGCAGUACCCUAACUUACAGAAUACGAAGACCUGGCGUCUGUACGAAGAAGGGUAUACGACAGAGCUACGAGUGAUGAACGCUUCCGACGCGACGAUCGUCGUCUCGGGCGUGGAACGCAGGGAGCUCGAGGCCCUGAAGCAAUCAGGUGAAUUACGGUCUUCCCUCCCAGUGGCGGUUGUGUCGAACAUCCACGACAUUGUUCAAAGACGCAUGGAGCGCUCCACGUUCGGCCAGCGACGCGGCGCGUUAUUCGUCGGGAAUUGGCAACGUACCCGCGUCUCGCAUGUUUUCGGCCCAAGCUCGGACACGACAUACACUCGACCGUAUUGAUAUAGAAACGCCUCACUCCGACCACGAAUUGAACUUUGAUGUCCACGCAGGCAGCAUCCCCCGAACGUCGACGCCGUGAAAUUUUUGCUGGAAGAGGUUUUAGUGCUGGAAACCUCAUUACCGGACGACUUCGUGGUCCACAUCGCCGGGGCGGGCACGCAGCCGGACUGGCUUAAAUCAAUCACGAAGGCCGGGCGGUUUGAAGUCGUGAACCACGGGUUUUUGGCGUCGUUGGCCCCGCUCUAUGCUUCUUGUAGGGUAGCACUGGCGCCAUUACGGUACGGCGCCGGCGUGAAAGGGAAAGUCAAUCAAGCGAUGCUCCAUGGCGUUCCCGUGGUCGCCACUCCAAUAGCCGUGGAAGGCAUGCACAUUUCUAGUGGCGAGGCCGUCGUGGCCGACGGUGCCGUUGAGUUUGCCCGAUCAUUAGCUGAGAUCUAUGUCGACGAGGCGACGUGGCGUCGCGUCGCGGAGGCGGCUAGAUUGUCGGUGGCCAAGCAUUUCUCUGUUGAUGUCGCUGCCAAAAGGUGGGCGUCUUUAGAGUCGGAGCUGGCUCUACGGUCCGACGCGUUUCGCCACGCGCUGUCCGAGGGUUCGUCGGCGUUCCAGAAGCCUUGUCCUACGUCAGGUAGGUACGGGACUUCGUCAGUCGUGGCCUUGUCUGAUAAACGAUCGGACCCGCCUUCCUUGAUUCCCGUCCCUCUUAAGGUAGGAGAAACGUUGAAGUCCGCGGCACCUUUAUCUGAUUUGCGAUAUCACGGAGUUAAUGAAGAGGAAUUAAUGACAGUAUGCUCGGCUCAUAGGAAUUGCGUCGGCUUCUGCUUACGACCGGAGGCCACGUCGCGCGUCUUCCUGUCGCCCAUUGAAGCGACGACCAAGGCCGAGGGGCCCGGGCCGGCGCUGUGCCACGCGGCGCCCGGCGCGCCGCCCUCUACGGGCGUCGCCUUUACUCGUGUCUCCCAGAAGGCGCCGCACUACGUCUUCUCGGCGUCUUAUUCAUCAAAGAAGUGGCGCGUGUCGCGCGACGCGGCGGAGGCGUUUUGUGCUCAGGAUGCGACGUGCACGGGCUACUGCCAGAACCCGUCGGGCAAUACGCUGUUCUACGAUCGGAAGGUCGGCGACAUGCGCCCUCGCGGCAAGGCCGACGCCGUUCCUCCCGGUUGGGUCUGCGCGAAGGCGAAGCGGUAUCAAAUGGCGCCGGUCGCGGCCGCCCUUUUGGAGCCUCCACGGCCCAGGAAGGCCUCGGCGAAGCGGGCGGCGGCGCACAAGGGGGGGCUCUAG